CGUCCCGGCUCCGGCUCCGGCUCCGGCUCUUCCCCCCCUUCCCGCCGCUAAUUUAUGCUAAUAUAUUCCGCUCGUCCCGGCCCUUUUCUGCCGGCCGCCUCCGGCCCCGCGUCAGAGGAGCAGCGGGAUCCCGCCCGGCCCGGCCCGGCCUCUCCUCCCUCCCAGCGCGGGGAAAACCGAGGGCAAGAAAAGAGGGGAAAAAAGAAAGAAAAGUCGCAUCGCCCCGAGGAAGCGGUUUUUUCUUCGGAAGCGCCGGCAGCGGCUCCGUCCGCCGGGAUCGCGGUGCCGCCGCGGCCGCUCCGGGAAGGGGAAACCGCCGCCGGGGAGCGACUUCGGCUCCCGCCGCCCGCGCGGAGCCGCGGGAACCGCCCCAGCCGCAUUCCCACGCUCCGCGGCCGCCGGAGCCGCCGGAGCCAUUAGAGCCUCCAGAGACCCCGGAGCCGUCGGAGCCCCCAGAGCCCUUGGAGCUGCCAGAGCCAUCGGAGCCGUCGCAGCCCCAAAGCCACCGCUCGCUGCCGGAGCCGUCGCAGCCUCCGGAGCCCUCGGAGCCGUCGGAGCCUCCAGAGCCGUCACAGCCCCAUAGCCACUGAUCACCGCCGGAGUCUCCGGAGCCCUCGGAGCCGUCACAGCCCCACAGCCACUGAUCACCGCCGGAGUCUCCGGAGCCCUCGGAGCCUCCGGAGCCCUCGGAGCCAUCAGAGCCGUCACAGCCCCAAAGCCACCGCUCGCUGCCGGAGCCUCCGGAGCUGCUGGAGCCCUCGGAGCCUCCAGAGCCGUCGCAGCCCCACAGCCACUGAACACCGCCAGAGUCUCCGGAGCCGUCGGAGCCUCCGGAGCCACCACGGCCCCGCAGCCGCCGCUCGCUCCUGAAGCCACCGGAGCCACCGAAGCCAUUGGAGCACCCGGAGCCACCACGGCCCCGCAGCCGCCGUUCGCUCCCGAAGCCGCCGGAGACCCCGAAGCCAUCGGAGGCCCCGGAGCCGCCGGAGCUGCCGGAGGCGCCGGAGCCGCCGCCGCACACGCGCCGCAGCCCGGGGAAGCGCCGGGGCCGGGCCGCGGCGGACGCAGCCGCCGCCGCGCCGCCAUGUUCAGCUGGAUGAAGAAGCAGGAGAAGAAGAAGGCGGCGGAGCCGGAGGUGAUCCGCACCGUCACCGAGGGCCUCAAGGAGCUCUAUAGGAAGAAGCUGCUGCCCGUGGAGGAGUUUUACCGCUUCCACGAGUUCCACUCGCCGGCGCUGGAGGACGCCGACUUCGACAGCAAGCCCAUGGUGCUGGUGGUGGGCCAGUACUCCACGGGCAAGACCACGUUCAUCCGGUACCUGCUGGAGCAGGACAUCCCCGGCAGCCGCGUGGGGCCCGAGCCCACCACCGACUCCUUCGUGGCCGUGAUGCACGGCGAGACCGAGGGCGUCACGCCGGGCAACGCGCUCAUCGUCGACCCCAAGAAGCCCUUCCGCAAGCUCAACCCCUUCGGCACCGCCUUCCUCAACCGGUUCAUGUGCGCCCACCUGCCCAACCAGGUGCUGGAGAGCAUCAGCCUCAUCGACACGCCGGGGAUCCUCUCCGGGGCGAAGCAGCGCGUGAGCCGGGGCUACGACUUCGCGGCCGUGCUGCAGUGGUUCGCCGAGCGCGUCGACCUCAUCAUCCUGCUCUUCGACGCGCACAAGCUGGAGAUCUCGGACGAGUUCUCGGAGGCCAUCCGAGCCCUCAAGGGCAACGAGGACAAGAUCCGGGUGGUCCUGAACAAGGCCGACAUGGUGGAGACGCAGCAGCUGAUGCGGGUCUACGGGGCGCUGAUGUGGUCCCUGGGGAAGGUGUUCGACACCCCCGAGGUGCUGCGCGUCUUCAUCGGCUCCUUCUGGGCCGAGCCGCUGCUCGUCUCCGACAACCGGCGGCUCUUCGAGCUCGAGGAGCAGGACUUGUUCCAGGACAUCCAGAACCUGCCCCGCAACUCGGCCCUGAGGAAGCUCAACGACCUGGUGAAGCGAGCGCGGCAGGUCCGGGUGCACGCCCACAUCAUGGGCCACCUCAAGAAGGAGAUGCCGUCCGUCUUCGGCAAGGACAACAAGAAGAAGCAGCUCAUCGCCAAGCUGCCCCUCAUCUUCGCCAAGAUCCAGCUGGAGCACCGCAUCCCGCCCGGAGACUUCCCCGACUGCGCCCGCAUGCAGGAGCUGCUGCUGGCGCACGACUUCGGGAAGCUGCGGGGGCCCAAGGGCCGGAUGCUGGAGGCGCUGGAGGAGCUGCUGGGCGCCGAGGCGGCGGCGCUGGUGCCGCUGCUGCAGCGCGAGGAGCUGGCGGCGCCCGAGGCCGGCGUGCAGGGAGGCGCCUUCGAGGGCGCCCGGCGCGGCCCCUUCGCCGAGGCCGGCGAGGCCGGCGGCGCGGCGGCGGACGAGGCCGACGCCGAGGACGAGGACGCCUGGGUGGUCACCAAGGACAAGCCCAAGUACGACGAGAUCUUCUACACGCUGUCGCCGCUGGACGGGAAGCUGAGCGGGCGCAAGGCGCGCAGCUGGAUGGUGAGCACGCGGCUGCCCAACUCGGUGCUGGGCCGCAUCUGGCAGCUCAGCGACGUGGACCGCGACGGCAUGCUCGACCACGAGGAGUUCGCGCUCGCCAGCCACCUCAUCGGCGCCAAGCUCGAGGGCCGCGGGCUGCCCGCCGACCUGCCCCCGCACCUGGUGCCGCCCUCCAAGCGGCGCCCCAAGGGCUCCGCCGAGUGAGGGGGGGGGGGACCCCCCCCUUGGGAGCGGGACCCCCCCCUCGGGAGUGGGAACCCCCCUCGGGAGUGGGAACCCCCCCCCCGGGAGCGGGACCCCCCACUCGGGAGUGGGAACCCCCCUCGGGAGCGGGACC